CGACAGCCGAGGGCGCAGCCACAACCUCAGCCGCCUCGGAGCGGUAGGAGGGAGCAGCUGGUCGCUGCGUCGGGGCCGGCCACUUUCUGGGGACCCGGCUCCUCUAGCCCCCGGAGAAGAUAGUGCUCCAUGUCCUUCGGUAGUUCUGGUUCAAACCUCUCUCAACGACAUGGAAGAAUUUUUGCAACGCGCCAAGUCUAAACUGAAUCGAAGCAAACGCCUGGAGAAAGUCCACGUGGUUAUUGGACACAAAUCAUGUGACUUGGAUUCUCUCAUUUCUGCCUUCACUUACGCUUACUUUCUAGACAAGGUCAGCCCACCUGGGGUUCUCUGUUUGCCUGUGCUGAACAUACCAAGAACUGAAUUCAACUACUUCACUGAGACAAGGUUUAUUUUAGAAGAGUUAAAUAUCUCCGACUCAUUCCACAUAUUCCGUGAUGAAAUUAAUCUGCAUCAGCUAAAUGAUGAAGGGAAGUUAUCUAUUACACUUGUUGGCAGCAACGUGUUGGCAAGUGAGGACAAAGCCUUAGAAUCAGCAGUCGUCAAGGUCAUUAAUCCAGUUGAGCAGAGCGAUGCCGGCUUUGAGUUCCGAGAGUCUUCCUCCUCUCUGGUGGUGAAAGAGAUUCUCCAGGAGGCUCCCGAGCUCAUCACCGAGCAGCUGGCUCAUCUGCUCAGAGGUAGCAUCCUUUUCAAGUGGAUAGCCAUGGAAUCCAAGAAGAUCUCAGAGAAGCAGGAGGAAGUUCUUUCUCUCCUGGAAGAAAAAUUUCCCAGCUUGCCUCCAAGAGAGGACAUUAUCAACGUCUUGCAGGAGACCCAGUUCAGUGCUCAGGGUUUAAGUAUUGAACAGACAAUGCUGAAGGACCUCAAGGAACUUUCAGAUGGAGAAAUAAAAGUGGCCAUUAGUACCGUGAACAUGACAUUCGAGAACUGUACAUUUCACAGCAGUAUCACCAGUGAUUUGAAAGCAUUCGCAGACAAGUUUGGUUUUGAUGUCCUCAUCCUGUUGGCCAGCUACCUGUCAGAGGAGCAGCAGCCCAGACGACAGAUCGCUGUGUACUCUGGGAACCUAGAACUGUGCAAUCAGAUUUGCUGUGAGCUGGAAGAGUGCCAGAGCCCUUGCCUUGAGCUGGAGCCCUUUGAAUGCGGCUGUGACGAGAUCCUGGUGUACCAGCAGGAGAACCCUGCGGUGACUUGUGAUCAGGUGGUUCUCCUGGUCAAGGAAGUCAUCAACAGGAGGUGUCCAGAGAUGGCCUCCAACAGCCGGACAUCCUCCACGGAGGCAGUGGCAGGCAGCGCCCCACUCUCCCAGGGGUCUUCCGGAAUUGUGGAGUUAUAUGGUUCUGACAUAGAGCCACAGCCCAGCUCUGUGAAUUUCAUGGAAAACCCUCCAGAUCUCAACGAUUCUAACCAGGCCCAGGCGGAUGUCAACGCAGACCUCGUUAGCCCAGACAGUGGGUUGGCCACCAUUAGGAGCAGCCGCUCAUCCAAGGAGAGCUCAGUUUUCCUCAGCGAUGACAGUCCAGUGGGAGAAGGUGCUGGGCCUCACCACAGCCUCCUCCCAGGGUUUGACUCUUACAGCCCUAUCCCUGAAGGGCCAGUAGCAGAGGAGCAUGCCCGGUCUGGAGAACACAGUGAAUCCUUUGACCUUUUCAACUUUGACCCCACACCCAUGGUUUCUGGGCAGUCCCAACCGUCUUCCCAUUCUGCCGACUACUCCCCCACAGAUGACUUCUUCCCCAACAGCGAUUCAUCCGAAGGACAUCUCCCCACGGGACCUAAAGGACUCAAUGGGAUGGGGAUGGAUGUAUCGAAUUAUUCAUCCAGUUCUCUUUUGUCAGGAGCUGGCAAAGAUAGCCUUGUGGAAUUUGAUGAGGAGUUUGUCCAGAGACGAAGUCCCAGGGAUAACUCUGAAAGAAAUUUGACCCUGACGGGUUUUGUGGGAGAUGAAUCUCCUUCACCAGAAAGUCUGAAAAACAUUGGAAAGAGGGUCCCACCAACACCUAUGAAUAGCUUUGUAGAAAGUUCGCCAUCCAUUGAAGAACCAACUCUACUCUAUACAGAAGACGUGACCCCCAAAACUGUCAACCCAGGACCCCCUCCCACCCGGGCACGGUGCAGCAGCUGGUGGGGUGGUUUGGAAAUUGACUCUAAAAAUAUUGCUGAUGCAUGGAGCUCCAGUGAACAGGAAUCUGUUUUCCAGAGCCCUGAGUCAUGGAAAGAUCGUAAGCCAAGCCCAGUUGAUAGAAGAGCCUCAGAUUCUAUAUUUCAACCAAAGAGUCUCGAGCUCCCAAAGUCAAGUCCCUGGGAGUCAGAAUUUGGUCAGCCUGGGCUGGGCAGCAAUCCUGUUCAAGACCAAAAUGAGGAAAACGUGCAGUUUGAGAACGUGUCCCCUGAGAAAUCGCAUUUGCCGAGCACUUGUCCUCAAGGAACAAACCACCUGAUAGAAGACUUCGCUGCUUUGUGGCGUUCUGAUCGCUCUCCCACCGCGAUGCCCGAGCCGUGGGGAAAUCCCACAGAGGAUGGCGAACCCGCAGCUGCAUCAUCGUUCCCAGCCUGGAGCGCGUUUGGUAAAGAAGAUGAUGCUGAAGCUUUGAAAAACACCUGGACACUGCACCCAACGAGUGGUGAGGCACCUUCGGCGAGGGACCCGAAGGAGUGGGCCAUGGCCAAAAGCGGGUUUUCUUUCUCUUCGGAAGACCUGGUGGACCGUUCACCCAGUGGGGCAAAUAAUGAAGCAGUUCCAGAAAUCUGGGGCAAGAAGGACCACGACUCCAGAGACGAUGUCCUUAUAUCUGGAAAUUCCAGGCCUGAUGUGGAUCAUGCAUGGAAUAGUUCUCAGCUCACCAAGGAAGAUCAGAAUGGUUCAGUGGAUCCAGACAAUAGAGGGAAGAUGUAUGAAAAUGUAGAUUCCUGGAAACUUUUUGAGCAGAGUCACAAGAAAGGAGGGUCUGACGUCCUAGCACCUUGGGAAGAUUCCUUCUUGUCAUAUAAAUGUUCUGACUACAGUGCAUCCAACAUAGGGGGAGACUCGGUGCCAUCCCCUUUAGGCACCAACUACUCCACCUCUGACUCCUAUACGUCACCAACGUUUGCUGGAGACGAGAAAGAAACCAAAAGCAAGGGCCUUUUCGAGUCACAAGAUGCUAGCUCUACCCCAGGGGACCCUGAAAUGCCCCCUCAAUCACAGCAGCAGCCACCUAGAAAUCGCAUCAUUUCAGGUCCUGGAAACCUGGACAUGUGGGCUUCACCUCACUCAGAUGAUAGCUCUGAAAUAAAUGCCACUCACAGCCCAGAUAGAGACUCACUCAAGGCAGAGCCCACGGAUGAGAAGACCAUCUCUACGGAGGAGGACUUUGGGGAAAGCAGCCAGUCCAGUUACGACGACCCCAGCAUGAUGCAGCUGUACAAUGAAACCAACCGACAGCUCACGCUUCUGCACAGCACCACCAGCUCGCGGCAGGCAGCCCCCGACAGUCUCGACUUGUGGAACAGAGUGAUUCUGGAGGACACGCAGUCCACUGCCACCAUCUCGGACAUGGAUAACGACUUGGACUGGGACGACUGUAGUGCGGGGGUGGCGAUCAGUGGUGAAGGUCAGGCACAAGGGUACCUGGCUGAAGGUACCGAGCCCGAAACCCGAUUUUCAGUGAGACAGGUAGAACCAUGGGGCAUAGAGUAUCCGGAGGCAAGUCAGGUAGAUUGGGAACUCCCUGCCUCUUCGGAGCACAGCUCAGACACUGCUCCCCGUGAAUAUCACAUGCUGAAUGAGAAAAGCGGGCAGCUAAUCGCGAAUAGCAUUUGGGAUUCCGUCAUGAGAGAUAAUGCCGUGUCGUCAUUAAUAUUACCAGGCCCAUCGUCUGUUACAGAUUCAGAACAAAGCAAAUCGCCUCCUGAAAGUUCCAGCCCACUAGAAGAAAUUAAGGACAGUCCCAUCCCGGAUAUGCUGGAAGUCUCUGGAGCCAGAGAGUCAGAAACACUUGGUCCCGACAAGCAGGACACGUGCAUAGGAACCCCGCCAAGUGACACCGCAGUUUUGGUGACCAGGCUUGAGAAUCCAGGGCAUUUUGCCUGCUCUGGUCCCUGGAGAGAUCCUGGCUAUGGACUAAAGGAAAGUGAGAAGGACACAAAUGGAGCUGCCAAUACGGAGCGCCCCAGUGAGGAGGAGCUGAUGGACAGAGCCUUGGGGACUGAAAAAGGGCAGAUCAAUGAAAAGCACCUCAUAAGUCGCAGAAAUUCAGAGGGAACUACUGAAAUUUCAGGUAGACCGAAUUUCACCAAAAAUGUAUCUCUACCUGAAAUGAAUCUGGAGAAAACUGAAGAAUGUAACAUUCUGGAGCCCGAGAGAAUGAACCCAGAGCCACCUCAUGAAUGUCCCCAGAGCCUUGAUGUUCAGGAUGUCCCCAAAGACAGUGAUGUGCAGAUCAGUUGCACAGGUCAUGAGAUAACUAAGAAUCUUGAAGUUGAGAAUACUGAAAACAGCCUUUCAGGAGCUGAUACAUCAGGAAAUUAUGACAGAGAUAGUGUUUCUAGUGAGUUUACACAUUCAAGUGCAUCCAGUCCUGACCGAGAUGAUUCUUCAGCUGCAUUGCCUUCCUGGGACCAAGGACCCAAUUCUGGGCAUCAGGAGGAGAAUCGCGAUGAUUGGAAUACACAGGAUCACCAAGAAUCUGAACUAAUGACUACUGAUGGUCAAGCAGAAGUAAUUUCCGAAAUCAAGGGCUUGGAGAAAAACAGAGUGGACAGGUUUGAAAACAGCUUAGAUCCCAAGGUUCCUAAAUAUUUAGAGAUUUGGAGUGACUCAGUAGACGCUGAUUCCUUUUCCUCUUUAUCCAGCCCUGAGACAGGCAAAUAUUCUGAAUAUUCAGAUGUGUAUCAGGAAGGAAAUCUCGUGGUUAGCCAUCAAGAGAAAAAGGAGUAUGAUACUCCCGAAACUGAGCAGCGGGAGGAUGCCAAGUUCACGUCAACCAGCUCGGGUUCUGAUGAUGAUCGCGGAGGUGAUGAAGACCCAGUGGAGAAAGAGAUGCAUUCAGCCACUUGCCAAGUUGCUCAGAGUGAACCCAGAGCAUGGGAUUCAUUGGAUGGCUCUAAUAAGUUCUUGGACACAGCUAAUCCUGAGCCUGGGGAAUUUUCUGCUUACACAGGGAGUUCAGAACCAGCAGAGAAUGAGAACAAGUCAGACCCAUUCUGUGACAAUCCACAAAGCAGUCCUGCUCACUGGAAUUUCUCACCACCAAAGGAGACUGAAGUGCAGGUUACAGCAGUGGAUAAGGAGAUGAGAUCUUCCCCAGAAGGAGAAAGUACAGAAGAUGUCAUAUGGCAAAUCUCUCCCAAAACUGAACCAAAGAAUGAAAACGAUUUUGAGUCGGAAAGGCUUGGCUUCUCAGCUGACAGCACUGAAUGGUGGAAUGCCUCUCUACAGGGAGGGCGACCAGUUGAGAGUGCAUCUGAAGGGGAAGUAUCAAGCUCAAGUGGGGUGUUAGAGAUGGGUCCCUGGGGAGCAGCCAUUCAGGGUGAUACUGAACCCCUGGAAGUGCAGUGUACUGAUCCUUUUGGUGAUGAACAUCAGUCACCCUUUCUGGAUAGUAACGGGGAGAAAGCCCAUGAGCAUCUUUGGAAUAUUCAGCCAAGGCAGCCAGACCCAGAAGCUGGGCAACUUAGCCAGCUUGUAAUAUUGAACCACAUGACAGAAAAUGAUUCCGGAGAGCAGACCUUCAUGUCUUCUGCUGAUGACAAACUCACUUCUGAAAUACCUACCCAAGAGCAGUGUCCGAACACAGUGCUGUCCGUCUGGGAUCAGCCAGGCCCUGCAUUUACUCACACCGAUGAAAAUGGAUGCUUUGUGUCUAAUGUGUCAAUGACUGAGUGUCAAGAAACAAACUGGUGGGAAGAAGAAAAAUCACACCCCAGUGAAAUGACAAAUUCAAGCAUUGCCUCUGAAGAUUUCCCUGCCGUCAGUUCCUCCACCCAGUUGAUGAAGAAGUCAGGCUCCGAGUGGGAUGGCUCUGCCCCUGGUGAGGGCCCCCAAGGGACGUUUGUUCCAGACAUUUUAUACGGCAGCUUCCAAGAGGGCGAGCUGGCUUCAGCUUCACCGGACUUGUGGGUGGGUGUUAAGCAGCCCUUCAGUGUGAACACAGAUGGUGAGAAUCCUGAUAUUCUGACUCACUGUGACCAUGACAGCAGUUCCCAGGCUUCCGACAGCCCUGAUGUGUGCCACGAUCAUGACGCAAAGCAGGAGACUAGGCAGCCCACCAGGGCUGGGCUGGGCCCUGAAGGAGGGGAAGCCAGCGCGUUGUGCCUCACCGAGCCAGAGGCAGAAGAGGAGCCCGUUCAGGAGCUUGUCCUGUACUGUUCACAACCGUAUUCUGAAAAUGCAAUUCCACUGCCUCCCGUCAGUGAGCCAGCAAACACAGAUGACUCAUCUCAGCCUGCCUCUCACAGAGGUUCUCCUGAACCUGCCGAAAUAAAUGGUGAAGACAGUACUAGUUUAAAAGCAUCCGAAAAAGGAGCCGACCCAGGCGCAGCAGCAGUUUUGGAACCUGAUGACAGAACAGUCCCAAUGAUUGAAAACGUGGGAGCCAGUAUCUGUGUGAUUCCCCAAGAGCCAGCUCUGGAUGGCAGCAGCUCUUGGGUAUCAGAAGGCUUUUCUCCUGAGAGUCAGACAGACACAGGGGCCCUGCUGGACCACGAGCAACCUUUUGCUACUGAGAAUCCUGCCACAGUUCCUGACGCUUUGCUAGCCUCGGACACUUGUCUGGAUGUAAGCGAAGCUGCCUUUGACCACAGUUUCAGCGAUGCCUCGGGUCUCAACACAUCCACGGGAACAAUAGAUGACAUGAGUAAACUGACAUUAUCAGAAGGCAAUCCUGAAACGCCAUUUGAUGGGGAUGCAGGGAGGCAUGACAUCUGUUCAUCUGAAGCCUCGUGGGGGGAUUUUGAAUAUGAUGUCGUGGGUCAAAAUAUUGAUGAAGAUUUAAUGAAAGAGCCUGAACACUUUGUCUAUGGUGGUGACCCUCCCUUGGAAGAAGAUGCUCUGAAGCAAGAGCUGGCACCUUACACACCUCCCUUUGAUCUGACCUAUCUCACAGAACCGACUCCUGAUGUCAAAGCCACAGAGGAAGCUGGGACUCCAGAGGAUGAGUCUCUGGGGAGUGAAGCAGCAGAGAUCUUGCUUUCUGCCCUUCCUAAUCAAAGAAGGAAGGAAAACCAUGCUGAGACCAAAAGUGGACAGGCCGGACACCAGCUGGUUGUCCUGCAUAUUCAUGAGGACCCUGAGUCAGUUUCUCUGCCUGUAGAAGUGGACACCAGCAUGGAGUUGUCUCCGUCAACCAUUGACUGGGAUGUAGAAACAGAUCAUUCAGAUUCGCCAGCAGGUGGAGACAGAGGACCGCCAAAUGGUGCCAACAAGGGAAUAUUAGAGUUGGAAGAAGAAAAAAUAAUUCCUACCAAAGAGCCUGAGCAGAUAAAAUCAGAAUACAGGGGAGAAUGGUACCCGGCAAAGAAGGAGGAUCAGCAUGCGUUGCACAUGGAUUACAUACUUGUACACCAAGAAGAAAAUUCACCCUCAGAGCCAGAGGCCCGUGAAGCCAGAGAAAGCACAUCAGAAUUAGAAGAAUUUCCCAUAGAUUCCGAAGAAACGAGGCUGCCAAGAACUCGGUUAGGAAGCUUCGCAGACACAUGUGAGCCUGCUUCCUUAGAUGAAAGAAACCAUCUUUCUGCAGAAAGAUUGUCUUCCAGAGAUGAGAAGAGUUCUUCCUUUGAAAGCCCUGGGCAGGACCAGAGUUGGAUGGUCCUGGGCCCUAGAGAGGUUGGUGAUGCAUCUUCGGAAACCAGGGACAGGGGGCCUGGAUGGUCUGGUGAGGCUGUGGAGCCAGGCUCUGACCACGGCGUGGGCAAGGGCCCCCAAGCACAGGUUCUGAAAGAAACAAAGUCUCUAGAAUCUUUAGCACUAGAGGAAUCCUCCGGUCUGUGCAGCCAAUCCCAGAAGAGCAAGAGCCGAGGCAGGGCUGGCCCCGAGGCAGUUAUGUUGCGGGCUGUCGCCCAUGACAAUGAAUGGGAAAUGCUUUCAUCACAGCCUUCUCAGAAACGCACAAUCCCUGAAACGGAAAUGGAGGAGGAGACAGAGUUUCUUGAGCCCAGAACGAGGAAACCAAGACCAAAUGGGCUCCUGUCAGAGGAUGCAGGAAUGGACACCGCCUUUGAGGAGGGAACGCUGAGUCCCGGGGCUGCGGACAUGAGGCCUGAACCUCCCAAUUCUCUGGAUCUUAAUGGCUCUCAUCCUCAGAGAAUCAAACUCACAGCCCCAAAUAUCAAUCUGUCUCUGGACCAAAGUGAAGGAUCUGUUCUCUCUGAUGAUAACUUGGACAGUCCUGAUGAAAUUGACAUCAAUGUGGACGAACUCGAUACUCCUGAUGAAGCGGAUUCUUUUGAGUACACCGGGCAUGAGGAUCCCACUGCCAACAGAGACUCCGGCCAGGAGUCCGAGUCUAUCCCAGAGUACACGGCGGAGGAGGAGCGGGAGGACAACCGGCUGUGGAGGACCGUGGUGAUUGGCGAACAGGAGCAGCGGAUUGACAUGAAGGUCAUCGAGCCCUACAGGAGAGUCAUUUCUCAUGGAGGAGACUCAGGAUACUAUGGGGACGGCCUAAAUGCCAUCAUUGUGUUUGCCGCCUGUUUUCUGCCAGACAGCAGUCGGGCGGAUUACCACUAUGUCAUGGAAAAUCUUUUCCUAUAUGUAAUAAGUACUUUAGAGCUGAUGGUAGCUGAAGACUACAUGAUUGUGUACCUGAAUGGUGCAACCCCACGACGGAAGAUGCCAGGGCUAGGCUGGAUGAAGAAAUGCUACCAGAUGAUUGACAGACGGCUGCGGAAGAAUUUGAAAUCAUUCAUCAUUGUUCAUCCCUCUUGGUUCAUCAGAACAAUCCUUGCAGUGACACGACCUUUUAUAAGUUCAAAAUUCAGCAGCAAAAUUAAAUAUGUCAGUAGCUUAUCAGAACUCAGUGGGCUGAUCCCAAUGGACUGCAUCCACAUUCCAGAGAGCAUCAUCAAGUACGAUGAAGAGAGAUCUUAUAAGAGAAGUGUGAGACUGGAUGAAGAACUGAGGGAAGCAUCAGAAGCAGCUAAAACUAGCUGCCUUUACAAUGAUCCAGAAAUGUCUUCUAUGGAGAAGGACAUUAAUCUGAAGCUGAAAGAGAAGCCCUAGCUGGCCGUGGCUGGAAGAAGAGGAUGCUCUUCUGCUUCGUGGUUCUGUUGGAACGUAUCUACCUGGAAGAGACAGGGUUGAUGGUACUUUCUUUCCACUUUGCACUACCUGGUGCCAUUCUAAAUUUCUAAGGGGAAAAACAGUAAGAGAAGUUGUUUACUUAUAACAUGCUUUAUGAAAUUGUGUGUAUUUUCCUAUUUUGCCAAUUAUGUGCCUCACAGAUUUGCGUUGAACCUUAGCAAGAAAGUAGGACCUUCUGUAUCAAUAUUCCAUUGACCGCUGGUGCCGUGGCAUCUCAUCCCUUAGACUAGUAUUAACCAAUAAGAUAACUUCAGUCCACUGUUCACUGUGAGUGGAUUUGUUUCCGUAGAUUAACUGGAUUUCUCCUUGGUGACAGUUUUAGGUUUAAAAUACACGGGACUCAAUGCUCCCGAGGGAAGCUGAGCCCACGUGGCAGUAAGUCCACCUUUAAAGUCCUCCGCUAGCUUAAUACAGCCACAGUCUAGACACAGGUGUGACACCGCCUUCGGCUGCGUGCCCACCUGGUUCUCGUCCACAUGAAUCACCUCCAGUGUCUCAAAAGGAUGCCAGCUUCCUGACUCACGUCAAUUUAACUUUAGUUAUCAAAUUCAUGUUUUCUGUGAAUUGGUCUUUUUAAAAAUCAUUUCUCCAAUGAAAGUUGAAGACCUCCACGUUGAGAAACUCAAAGAUCAAUGUCCCCAUUUCGGGUAACUGUUAGCACUUUGGGCCAUAAAUUUAGUUCCAGAUGUUACACUUGAAGUGCCAAGGACCCAACAGAAGGUGGCCCACUCAGAAAGUCAUUAUUUGGUGACAUUCAGUUAUCUGCAUUUCUCUCUCACAAGCAUUAUGAAAAGUAAUCCGCUUUAAAACACUCUAACCACUAGUUUAAAAUGAAAUGCGAGUAUGUACUAUUAUCUGCAAAUAAUCCUUCAUAGUCUUCACAUGCCCUUUAAAACACCAAUGUGAUUUAGAAUCUGUGGGCCUCUAGCGGAGGGAGGGGUGGGCAAAUCCAGCACCCCACCUGUUUUCGGAUGGCCUUCUUGUCAAGAAUCGUUUUCAGACUUUGGGUUAAAAAAAAUCACUUUUAGUAUUUCAUGACCCAUGAAAAUUAUUCAAAUUCUAGUCCCCGUAAAUACAGUUUUGUGGAAACAUGGCCACACAAAUUUGCUGACGAAUUCUCCACGGCUGCUUUCGUACUGCAGCAGCAGACCUGACUAAUUGUGACAGGCCGAGCGGCCCACAGAGCCUAAAACACUUACUAUCCUUAUAGAGGAAGUUUGUUGAGCCCUGCUCCAACACAUACAACCUUCCCCGCUCCCCAUUUGUAUUCAGAUAUGAGUUGGUCUAACAGAAGGUGCAAGUAAGGUUACAAACUCAUUUACUCUUCAAAAAGAAAAUGUGAGCAUCCACAGUCAGGCAAACACAUGGCCCGCUGACAAGGGCACGGAGCCCUAGCCAUGGCAGCACGGCGCAGGUGGUGUCUACAUGACCCCAAACGAAGCCUGCUUAGAAGGCUUCUGGCUGUUCACAGACAUUGCUGAGGUCCUGACCUUACCCUGGGAACCAGUCGCAGUCUCCGGUACCACCUGGCACUAAUAAGCUGGCGAAAGUUGAAAGGUAGUAGAGAGUGGGGUUCCACCAUAGUCUUAGGGUGGUGACUACAUCUGGGAGAGUGGUCCGGGACACUCUGAGCCCUGAGUGUCAUGAACUUUGAAAGGCUUUGAAGUAGACAUCUUUGCACAGGUGACUGAAUUUCACUGACAUUUGCUUCAUGUCCGUCCCCUAUCCACCUUCCAGACAUGCUCUCCUACACCCAAGUCAGCCCCCUUUCCUCCAUAAGCCACAGUUAUCUCUGUUCCCCUCUCAGUCCCUUUCCACUCGGUAUCCUGUUUAACCAUUCUUUUAGGUCUCUUCUCUCAUAACAUCUGGCUUGUCUGAGAGAGAACUCCUGGAGCACAUCUUCUCCCAUAGCCCACCUCCACCUUUCACAGCCCAAAUUAUGCCUCUUCCAGAACUUCGUGUUGACAUAGUGCAAUGACCCACUUUUCCAGUUUGUUCACCCAGUCUGUUCACUGCUGCCCUGGCAGAAUUAUUAACCACACUCCCUUUCGCUCAGUUGUGUCCCAUUUUGGAAGAUGAAUUACAUGGUCUCCCUAGACACAGGAAGCAAUGAAGAAUCCAGUGCUCAGCUGGGUGGUGUGAACCUGUGGAGACAGCGCUGUUGAGGGCAGGCUCUUGUGACAGUCAGCCAGACACAACAACAGCCUCACCAUUCACGUUUUCUUUGAACUUGUCCAGCCCAUUCACGGAAGGCUACUCAGGUGGUAUUCUGUUUGAAGCUUCAUCUUCCUACAUGGAAAUUAUGAGCAUCUUUCUGGGUGGUUCUGUUUGGGCUAUUCUAUGGGCUGCAUAACCAUUCUGACAGUUAGGCGUCUGCUAUUUUAGUAUCUUAAAGAGACAAAUGAACUUAAUUGCACGUGCUACAGAAAAGCCACCAUGUAAUUUCAGACCAAGUAAAUAGAAUCCCGAGAAAAUAACCCCUAAGCAGAUAGGUAGACAGAUGUACACAUUCACAACAUUAGCUAUCUAGCUCUUGCAUUCUGAGCGUUCUUGCUUUGGUUCUGACUUCGGAGAAUUGUUUGCACUUUUCCUGGAGACUUGUAGUUAAGGGAACCAAGGGGUCAUUGGGACAAAGGUAUUGUUUUUUUUUCAAAGCGCAACUGCUAUUCACUUAGGUCCCUGAUUAAGAGAAAGAACAAAAAUCUACACAGAUGAUAUUGCAAGGAGUGAGAAAGUUCGUUUGAGAGCAAUAACGGGGUGGAAGAAAACCCGGACGUUCCUGUUGAAGCCAUACAGUGUUCUGCGGGGUUGUCUUCUAAGACGUACCCCGACAUCCGUGAGGAAGCCCCUACUCCGCGCCUUUGUGUUAGUAAGGUCUCAUUUUGAGUCUUCAGUUAUGGUACUAUAUUUGCAACUCUCAUGCGAUCACAAUGCCUCGGUAGUUUGCUCUCUUAGGAACAUUUAGAUGUGCACAAAUUAAUCUUUUCUAUAUUUAAAGGUUUUUUCUACCAUGUAUUGGAUUGCUCAGAAUAAAGUAUCUAUUAGACCUUUCUUUUGGUAAAUAAAUAAAUUCUACCUAAAUAGUGUGAAUUAAUAAUAUAAAAAUAUGUAACAACAAUAUAUAUAUAUAGUCUGUCUAUAUAAUUCAGAAAUAAAAAUUGAUUCCACAA